AACAAAAUCCCAACAAUUCGUACAAACACGUCCGGCGAAUUUUUUCCGCGUCUGCCGUGCGCAAGCUGAUACUUCAUUAAUCAGGAGCGCGCAGUUUUCGACAUGCAGAUAAAGUACUUGAAGACGCUCAUGCCUCCUCAGGACGGGGCGGCCAAGGUGGUGGCCAUGGCAUGGUCGCCCAACAACGUCAAACUGGCCGUCUGCACGGCUGACAGGGUCGUGCUGCUUUUCGACGAGAUGGGAGAGCGCCGCGACAAGUUCUCUACCAAGCCCAUCGACUCCAAGGUGCGCGCCAAAAUUUAUACAUCCACUACACUUCAGUGUGAGGGACACGUUGCGAGGACAACUUGCAAAACGCUCGGUCACAACCUUAAUGUCAUGCAGUGCUUAUGUCUGUGCACUGCACUGUUCACAAGAGUCCGGGUGUUCACAUGGAGCAGCAACAAACGAGCCUGGGAUGAGGCGAAGCCCAAGGAGCUGCAGAAUGCCUACACCAUAUCCAGCCUCGCCUGGAAGCGAGACGGAUCGAGGCUCGCAGUGGGAACGCUGUGCGGUGCCAUUCUGAGCUACGAUUGCAGCCUGCGCAAGACGCUAUACAACAACAAAUUUGAGAUCACCUUUGUGGGGCCGAGUCAGGCCCUGAUUGUGAACCUGGCGACGAAGACGAAGAGCACGCUGAAGUCCCAGUACGGCCACGAGAUACAGGAUAUAAAAAUCCUGGGCAGGGACCGCUACCUGGUGGCAUACACAGCGGCCACGCUGUUGCUCGGCGAUUUGCUCCAGGACAAGUUCUGCGAGGUCUUCUGGGAAGGGACGUCUAGAAAUGAGAAGUUCUACUUCGAAACCGAAAAUGUGUGCAUGAUUUUCAACGCUGGUGAACUGUCCCUGGUAGAAUAUGGCCACAACGAGAUUCUUGGUUCGGUGCGCACAGAAUUCAUGAAUCCUCAUUUGCUAAGUGUGCGUCUCAACGAACGAAGGCGCCCUGGGGCACCGGACAACAAGAAGCUAGCCUAUUUAAUCGACUUGAAAACAAUAUUUGUUGUUGACCUGGUGACGGGUAUGACGCUGGCUCAGGUGCCGCAUGACUCCAAGAUCGACUGGCUCGAGUUGAACGAGACUGGUCAGAAGCUGCUCUUUCGGGACAGACGACAACGGCUCAGCCUGUUCGACAUUGCGUCCCAAGACAAAGUGACACUUCUGAACAACUGUACGUUUGUUCAGUGGGUUCCGGACAGCGACGUGGUGGUGGCGCAAGGCCGCAACGUCCUCUAUGUCUGGUACAACGUGGAUGCUCCAGAGAGGACCACCAACAUCCCAAUCAAGGGCGAAGUAGCGGAUAUUGAACGCGAGGAUGGCAAGACCGAAGUCAUUGUCAACGAAGGCCUUACUACUGUUGGCUACCCGCUGAAGGAAGGUCUCAUCGAAUUCGGCACAGCAAUCACCGACGGUGACUUCGGACGAGCGGUGGCAUACCUGGAGAGCCUGGAGCUCACGGAGGAGACGGAAACCAUGUGGCGCACGCUGGGGCAGAUGGCGCUCGAGGAGCGCCUAGUGGCCGUGGCCGAGCGCUCGUACGCCGCGCUCGGCGACCUGGCCAGGGCGCGCUUCCUGGCACACGUCAUGCGCCUCCAAGAGGAGGCAGCAAUGGCCACGGGUCAAGACGGCCACGACCACUACGAAGUGAGGGCGCGGAUGGCCAUGCUGGAUAAGCAGUUCAAGCUCGCCGAGAACAUCUACCUCGAGCAGAAUAAAGUUGAAGAGGCAAUGGAGAUGUACAAAAAUAUGCACAAGUGGGACGAGAUGAUUCAGCUGGCCGAAUCAAAAAAUUAUCACAGCGUUGAGAAACUCCGGGAGGAAUAUUUUGAGUGGCUCCUGAAUAACGGCAUGGAAGGAAAAGCAGCCGAGCUGAAGGAGAAAGAGGGCGACGUGGAAGAGGCGGUCUCGCUGUAUCUCAAGUCUGGUCUACCAGCCAAGGCCGCCCUGGUGCUGCGCUCGGUGCCGGGUCUGGUGCAGCAGCGGCACCUGGCCGACCGCGUCAUCACGGCGCUUACCCAGUCCGAGCUGUACGAGCACGCCGGCAACCUCCACGAGCAGCUCGGCGAGCACGCUAAGGCGCUGCAGUGCUACCGGUCGGGUCACCACUACGCAAAAGCCGUGGAGCUCUCUCGGCAACGGAACCCCGGCGACGUGGUCGCCCUUGAAGAGGAAUGGGGCGAGUACUUGGUCUCGCAGAGGCAGCUGGACGCGGCCAUCAACCAUUUCAUCGAGGCAGGGAAGACGGUGAAGGCUCUGGAUGCAGCCAUCAAUGCGAGGCAGUGGAAAAAGGCUGUGCAGAUAAUCGAGGUGAUCGACGACACACCUGAGCUAAACCGGUACCAGAGCAGGCUGGCUCAGCACUUCCACUCGACCGGAGACCUCGAGAUGGCGGAGCACUUUUACGUGGAAGCUGGGAAAAUAAAAGAGGCCAUUGAAAUGUACAAUACUGCCGGAAAAUGGGACAGAGCACUGAAGCUUGCCAAGCUCCACCUCAGACCGGAAGAUGUGACGAGCAUGUACACUGAGCAGGCAUCGGAGCUCGAGAAGCAAGGAAAACUCAGAGAGGCUGAAAAGCUUUACUUGUUCAUCGAAGAGCCCGACUUGGCCAUUGCGAUGUAUAAAAAGUAUCGUCAGUACGACAAUAUGAUGCGUGUGGUCAAGGAGUUUCACCCAGACCUCCUUUCGGACACACACUUGCAUCUCGCUAAAGAGCUGGAGAGCGAGGGCAACUACCUGCAAGCGGAAGCGCACUACCUAGCGGCAAGCGACUGGAAGGCUGCCGUUAACAUGUACCGCGCCAAUGACAUGUGGGAAGAAGCGUACGGCGUGGCCAAGAAGCAUGGCGGUCCUGUGGCCUGCAAGCAGGUGGCCUAUCUUUGGUCCAAGAGUCUCGGUGGUGAUUCGGCCGUGCGGCUGCUCACAAAGCUAGGUCUGCUCGACAGCACCAUCGAUUAUGCCGCCGAGAACUGUGCCUUCGAAUUUGCGUUCGAGUUGGCGCAAGCAACGGCCAAGCACAAGCUUCCAGACAUCCACCUCAAGUACGCCAUGUUUCUCGAGGACGAGGGCAAGUUCCACGAGGCGGAACAAGAGUUCAUCAAGGCUAACAAGCCUAAAGAAGCGGUGCUUAUGUACGUGCACAAUAAAGACUGGGACAGCGCCAGGCGUGUGGCCGAGGCUCACGACCCGGAAUCCGUGGCGGACGUGUCCAUCGGCCAGGCUAGGGUUGCCUUUCAAGCUGGUCACUAUCAGCAAGCUGAGUCAUUGGCACUUCGGGCUGAAAGGCCGGACCUCGUCAUUAAGCUGUACAAGGACGCGGGCAUGUGGAACGACGCUCUUCGCAUCUGCAGAGAGUACACACCUUCGAAGAUGAUGGAGCUUCAAGAGGAGUACGAUAACCACAUGGACACGAAGGGAUCACGAGACGCUGACACCCUGCUUGAACAGGCCCAGGAGUGGGAACGAAAUGCGCAGUACGACCGAGCAGUAGACUGCUAUAUGCGCAUGACACCUGAAAACGUGACAAACGUGGACAUGCUCGAAAAAUGCUGGGUGAAGGCGGCCGACCUGGCCUUAAAGUUUCUGGAUGAGCAGAAGGCGGACAGGAUACUCAAGAAUGCCGCGCGUAUGCUGUUGGAUAUCAAGAAGCACAGUUCGGCAACACAGUUGUUUCUCAGCAUGGAGCUGGUCAAGGAGGCCGUAGAGGCCCUGAUCACGGGUGGUGAGUGGAGCAAGGCUAAGAAGGUGGCCCAAGAAUUCGACCCAGGGAUGGAGGAACACGUUGACAAGGAGUACAAAAGCUAUCUACGCAGCCGCGGCCAGACUGAUCAAUUAGCCAACGUCGACAUCAUUGCCGCUCUGGACCUGUACGCCGAAAAGAAGCAAUGGAAGAAGUGCCUAGAAAUGGCCGAGCAGCAGGGACAACAGGUGCUGCACAAGUACGUGGCACUGUGUGCCAGCCAGCGAAUCCGCGACGGGUCGCCACUUGACGCGCUGCGCCUGUACGCCGACUACGGAGCACCGGCCCUGGUUCAGAACUUCAACAUCUACCGACACAUCACGGCUAGCGUGUUCGCACUGCCAAACCUGUACGGGGCGCACGCGUACCGGACUUGGUCCGAACUCAGGGACGUCCUGCACGAUCUCGUGAAAAACCUGGAGACCAGCCAUCAAGAUGCCAGCGACUUCCAAAAGUUACUGCUUAUCAGUAACUACUACGCCACCCGCUCAGCAUGUCAGGGUCAGGAGACCCUGGCCGAGCACGCCAUGAAGAUCUCCGUGGCUCUGCUGCGGUACACAGAGCACAUUCCUGCGGAUAAGGCUUUCUACGAGGCGGGACUCGCCUGCAAGACGAUGAACAAAGAAGGAAUGGCUUUCGUUUUCUGGAACCACUAUUUGGAUAUUUGUGAGGCCAUCGAGGAAGGGUCGCUGGACACGCUAGAUCACUCCGACUUCCAGAACACCGACAUCCCGUUCGAGAUUCCUCUUCCCGAGAAGAUGUUUCUCGAUGAGGCCCAGCACGAGGAGGUCAAGGAAUGGGUUCUAGCCAUAAGCAUGAACCAGGGCGUAGAGCAGGCGCUGCCCGCUGAUGAACAAGGCUUCUACGAGGCCUCGCUCGAGGGCCCCAAGGGCACCCUGCGCGCUCUGCCUUGCCUGAUCACCGGGUACCCUGUGCUCCAAAACAAACUCCAGUUUCAAAAACCUGGGAUAGUCUGCAACAAGGACGAUUGGAACAAAUUUCUGUUGGCUACAAAACUAUCACGCAGUGCAGAAUGUCAAGAUGUCCUGAAGUUCAUCACGGAAUGGGCUGGAGGCGCGCCAAACCUCAGCUAUUCUUUCCAGUAGAUAGAUCGCAUAAAUACUUUGCAAAUGCUUCGCCAGGAACAUCAAGUGAAACAACCUUUUGCAAUUUGGUCAUACAGUGCCGCUGUACGCAAAUGAGGUACUGAAUAUUGUCUGGAAUGAAGAGUCAGUAUCACGUCAAAAAAAUGACAUCCUGAUGUGGAGAAAUUAAAUGCA